UGACGACAACCGGGAUGAAAGAAGCCGAUGAUACGAAAGAAUCCGAUAUGAUCCGGGACGAGGAGGUGCCGGAGGAAUUCAAGUGCCCCAUCUCCAAAAAACUUAUGAGAGAUCCCGUCAUUCUGCCAAGCGGACUGACAUAUGAUCGUCCGUUCAUCGAAGAUUGGCUUAAAAAUGAGAGUCCCUUAAUUAGAGAUUGGGAUGAAUGCAGAGGGUGCAGUCACGCCUCUAAUCCCAAAUCUAGUGAUUCGUGACAUGAUAUCUAGCUGGUGCCGGAAUCGGGCAAUUACUACAUAUGACAACAACGAAGGAGAAGAUUAUGUGGAAGAUCUUGUGUGCGCUCUAAGAGAAGCCAAAGACGAAGAUGUGCGUAAGAGCACUAUUGGCAUCUUCAAGAACAUAUGCGUUGAUGAUAAAGUGAACAAGCGUGUUGGAGAGGCUAGUGAUGCGAUUGUCGAUGCCACAAGGCGUGGAUCCGGGAGUCAGGAGUUGAGGAUGCUCGCUGUUGCAACGCUCAACAUAUUGGCCACACUCGAGUCGAACAAGCUGCUCAUUGUCAGAUGUGGAGUCUUUUGGCACCUCACGGAUCUAUUGCAAAGUCAGAAAGAGACGGAAGCGACAGAGGCUGCACAAUUGAUUCAAAAACUGUGUACCGUCCCGAGCAACAAAGUUAGAGCAGUAGAUGAAGAUUUGAUCCAAGUCCUCAUGGGUGCUAUUGAUCAUUAUGUGUUUGAGGACACGUACCCCGUGGUUGUGGACAUUAUACUUGAUGUUCUUAAGUUACUUGUCCACGAAAGUUCGGCAAGAUAUAAGAUGGAAGAGCUCGAUGGAGUGCAUUGGUUGUUCCAGAACAUAGAUUAUACUGCCAAUCCGCUCACUAAGGAGCAUUGUGUGGCCAUCCUGGACACGGCCUUAUUUGCUGAUGAAUACGUGAGUUCGUGGGGGGUGGCGAUGUACAACGAGGAAACCAAGUAUCGUACGCUGGCACGCCUCGUGGAACAGGGAACUCCUGCAGCCCAGUCAAUGGCUAGCAUACUUCUAAACAAGUUGAACACUGAAUAUCCAUAUGUGCGAGUAUUCAGUUUUAAUAAGCAUACGUGCUAUUAUGAUUUUAGGAACAGGUAGUUGGCGUGUUAGACUACUU